GGGCCCAGGGGCGGGGCGGGGCCGGGCGGCGCAGGAUGGCGGCGGCGCGGCCGUGGCCGCUGCUGCUGCUGGCGCUGGCGGCGGGGCCGGGCCCGGCGGGCGGGUACUUCCCCGAGGAGCGCUGGAGCCCCGAGUCGCCGCUGCGGCCGCCGCGCGUGGCCGUGGCGCUGCUGGCGCGGAACGCGGCCCACGCGCUGCCCGCCACGCUCGGGGCGCUCGAGCGGCUGCGGCACCCCAAGGAGCGCACGGCGCUCUGGGUGGCCGUGGAUCACAGCGUGGACAACACGACGGCGCUGCUGCGGGAGUGGCUGGGGCGGGUGCGGGGGCUCUACCACCGCGUGGAGUGGCGGCCCCUCGAGGAGCCGCGGUCCUACCCCGACGAGGAGGGUCCCAAGCACUGGCCCCCGUCCCGCUACGAGCACGUGAUGAAGCUGCGGCAGGCGGCGCUGGACUCCGCCCGCGCCAUCUGGGCCGACUACCUGCUGUUCCUGGACGCCGACAACGUCCUGACCAACCCCGACACCCUGGGGCUGCUGAUGGCCGAGAACAAGACGGUGGUGGCGCCCAUGCUCGACUCGCGCGCCGCCUACUCCAACUUCUGGUGCGGGAUGACGGCGCAGGGUUACUACCGGCGGACGCCGGCCUACCUGCCGAUCCGGAAGCGGGAGCGCCGGGGCUGCUUCGCCGUGCCCAUGGUGCACUCCACCUUCCGCAAGGAGGCGUCGCGGGCGCUCGCCUUCUACCCGCCCCGCCCCGACUACACCUGGGCCUUCGACGACAUCAUCGUCUUCGCCUUCUCCUGCCGGCAGGCGGACGUGCAGAUGUUCGUGUGUAACCGGGAGGUGUUCGGGUUCCUGCCGGUGCCGCUGCGCUCCCACAGCACCCUGCGGGACGAGGCCGAGAGCUUCCUGCACGUCCAGCUCGAGAUCAUGGUGAAGCACCCCCCAGCGGAGCCCUCCCCCCACGUCUGGGUGCCCCCCAAGGUCCCCGACAAGAUGGGCUUCGACGAGGUGUUCAUGAUUAACCUGCAGCGACGGGCCGACCGGCGGGAGCGGAUGCUGCGGACGCUGCACGAGCAGGAGAUCGCCUGCAAGCUGGUGGAGGCUGUGGACGGCAAGGCCAUGAACAGCAGCGAGGUGGAGGCGCUGGGCAUCCGGAUGCUGCCGGGGUACAAGGACCCCUACCACGGGCGGCCCCUCACCAAGGGGGAGCUGGGCUGCUUCCUCAGCCACUACCGCGUCUGGCAGGAGAUCGUGGCGCGGGGGCUGCAGAAGUCGGUGGUGUUCGAGGACGACCUGCGCUUCGAGAUCUUCUUCAAGCGGCGCCUGAUGAACCUGAUGCACGACCUGGAGGCGGCGGGGCUGGCCUGGGACCUCAUCUACAUCGGGAGGAAGAGGAUGCAGGUGGAGCGGCCGGAGAAGGCGGUGCCGCGGGUGAGGAACCUGGUGGAAGCCGAUUAUUCCUACUGGACGCUGGGAUACGUCCUCUCGCUGCGGGGCGCCCGCAAGCUGCUGGCGGCCGAGCCCCUGGCCAAGAUGCUGCCCGUCGACGAGUUCCUGCCCGUCAUGUUCAAUAAACACCCGCUCGCCGACUACACCAAGCACUUUCCCCGGCGGGAUGUGGUGGCGUUCUCGGCCGAGCCGCUGCUGGUGUUCCCCACGCACUACACGGGGGAGGAGGGGUACGUCAGCGACACCGAGACCUCGGUGGUGUGGGACGACGAAGCCACCGCCACCGACUGGGACCGCGCCAAGUCCCAGAAGAUGAAGGAGCAGCAGGAGCUGAGGCGGGAGGCCCAGAACUCCGACGUGCUCCAGUCGCCCCUCGACAGCGCCGCGCGGGACGAGCUAUGACCCGCCGGGGGGCUUCG